AUGCGGCGACAACGCCUCACUCCGAGCGGGCACCCGCUAGGGGCCGGCUACGUAGGCAGUUUUCCUUUAUCACCCGCCCGACAGCCUCUGGCGCGGAAUUGGGGAAGCGACGCCAGAGCCGCCGUCGCUGAGACGUGGCCGCUACUCUCUUGGCUCGCUUCGAACAAUGAAAGGAGUGCGCCCGGCGGGGCCGUCGUGGCGGCGUCGUUCUCGCGUGGAAUUCGUACCGAGCGCGGUGGCGUGAGCCGUGCUCGUUUAAAGAUGGCUGCGAUAAGGCGCGGUGACGCUCCUCGGGCGCGGGCGUCGUGUCGGCGCCGCGAGAGUGUGUGCGUGCGUUGGGCCGGUGUGCUGGCGUGGCGGUCCGCCCCGCACCCCCCGCCGGCCCCCCUCCCGACCCGCGCCACCACGUUCCGCAACAUGUGCGGCGGCCCCGGACCGCUCCGCCGUGCAAUGGCCAACACAGCAGGCGCUCAGGCCAUCCCGCGCCGCAAACUGAUAGCGUGCCUUAUCAAAGCACCAGAUAGCAGAGGGUCGCGCGACGAAGGCACCGCUUCGGUACCGUCGGCCGCCGCUGCCUACGCGGCUGUAUACACCUCCAUAGCGCCUAUGUACUCGACGCGGAGCGAG